AUGAAACCCACAUAUACCGCCAUUGCUGCCUUCCUUUUGGCGCAGUCUUCCAGCGUCGCGGAUGCCUUUUCUCCGUCGUCUCUUCCAAUCACGGCCAUGCAACCAAUGCCGCUCCGCACUGGCCAUUCCAUGGUCGCAGCUGUUCAAUCCCAAUCAAGGAUCAACAGCAGUUUGGCCAUGGCAGCUUCUGGGGAUUUCCUAGGCAUGGACGAGGAUGAUGAAGAUGAGGACGAGGAUGAAGACGAGGAUGAUCAACUCGUCCCAGCUGGAUAUGCCGGUGCCAAGUCCCCUUUUACCGGACUCAAGUUGGAUCCUUGGGAUCCCAAUCCAUUGAUCAAGCCACGCCCAAGUCGCUACUUCAAGGAUAUGGACGAAGAACAAGUCUCCGACGAUCAAUUGACGCAAACCAUGUCGGACGAUGAACGCAAGGAAAACUUGAGCGUCAUGCGUCAAAUCCGCAAGUCCGAUUUGCCCGAUUUGCGCAUGCGAAAAGAUCACGCCGGAUGGGUCGAAGCCAAUAAUGACUUGAAGCGACGAUACAAGCGGGAUCCUUGGUUCAUGGUCAAUGAGCGUCUUCGAGAUGCCAUUCAAUUGGGAGACCCUGAUGAGAAAAUUGAACAUUUGCGGGAACUUGCCAAAAAGGUCGGUGGUCCACCGGAAGGCAUUGACUGCGGUACCAAGGGAUACGCUGUCCACACGGAGAUUUACGACAUUGGUAUUUCACCUUCCCGCGCCGCUUCUCUGUUGGACAGAGACAUUCGGGCCGACCGAGUUGCCCGUGGACGAGCCAUGAUGGCAGAACGUCGCAAGAAUAUGGAAACUGCCCAACAGCAGUAUGAGGAAGACAUGCGAUUCCCCGGAUUGCGGGAGGAUCGUGAAGCGAAGGAACGUCGAGAACGGACCAUGCGAAGACUCAUGGGAGAAAUUGAAGAGGACAACAAGAAGAAGCGGGAUCGCGCCAAGGAACUUUUGGGCAAGUUGCCCGAGGCUCCCGAAAAUCGUACCAAGGCCAUGGAGAAGGCACUCAAAGAGGCUCGCGAAGACUUCAAGAAGACUCGUCGUGAACAAUUGGGGCGCGAAGCAGACGACGAGGUUGCUGAAAUCGCUAGCUCCAACAAGGGGUCUGGAUCCAGCAGCGCCGAACGCGCAAGAGAAGCUGCCGCCGCCGAGGCUGCUGGUGGACGUCCUCGUUUGCCCGGUGACGAAGAUGUCACCAAGGGAGAAAUUGACAUUCCUGUCGAAGCCUCUUCUAAGACUACUACAGGUGUCUUGGAGGUCGAAGUCUCAUCUACCUACAACAAGGAACAAUCCGAUCCACCCAUGCGCAAGCACUGCUUCCAGUACACCAUUCGCAUCACCAACAACUCUCCUACUGAAACCAUUCAAUUAUUGGGACGCCGAUUCGAGAUCCAAACUGUUGGAUCUAGUAUGAAGGAUGUCGUUCAAGGAGAAGGUGUCACUGGGCGUACUCCCGUCUUGAAGCCUGGUGAAGUCUUUGAAUACACUUCUACAGCUCCAUUGUCGGUCAGACCUAUUGGUACCACUAUCAUUGCUGCUCGUAUGCGAGGGGAAUACCGCUAUGCAACUCUUGCUGAAGGCGAAGAGACUGCUACUGAAGAGCAAAUCAAGGCCGGCGGCGAAUUGACCGCUGAUUUGGGUACCUUCCAUUUCAUCUUCCCUGAAGACCAACGCGUCAAGCCAUUCCGUUCUUCUGAAGAAGAAGACGAAGAGGAGGAGGAAGAAGAGGAUGAAGAAGACGUCCCCGGUGAAACAGCUGUUGCCAAGCCGUCUUCCAGUACCCCUUCUUCUUCUACUGCUUCUUCCCCUGCAUCCACUCUUCCAGGAGAUAUGGAUAUCAAGUCGGGAGAUAUUACUGUUGAAAUCAACGACAGCUCUGAAGUCGUCGCCGAAGAGGUCCGCGUCGCUGUGACCUCCUCAUACCGACCGGAACGAUCGGAUCCUGCUCUGGACAAACACUGCUUUGCCUACAAUAUUCGCAUCACCAACGAAUCCAAGGAAUCCAUUCAAUUGGUUUCCAGACGAUUCGAGAUCCAAACUAUUGGUAGCUCCAGCAAGGACGUUGUUCAAGGUCCCGGAGUUACUGGAAGACAGCCAAUUUUGAAACCAGGAGAAUCCUUUGAAUACACCAGUACGGCGCCCUUGAGUGUCAAACCCAUUCAAGACAAGACCCCUGUCGUUGCCCGUAUGCAAGGAGAGUACAACUUUGUCACCUUGAGCAGUGAUGGGUCCACACCCGUAAGCUCGACUCCACUUCAAGCCAAGUUGGGUCUCUUCCACUUUGUGCUACCAGCCUUGAGCAUGAACUAA